GUUUUCAUUUGUUUUGAUAUGUUUUGAUAUCGAAAGGAUACGAACGUAGUAGUCUGCUAAUAAGUUUUAGAAUAAAUUGUUGUAUUUCAGAUUUUGAUAUUAUAUUGUGUAUUUUUGACAGUUUUCAUUUCAUAUGUUCACAAUGAAUAUAUACCGUGGAAAAACAUUAAUAAAUUUCUUAAAAUGCAGAAUCUUCGGAGUUUCACGCUAUCGAAUGUCAUCUAGCAUUCGCAUAGGAUGCGCAAGCGGAUUUUGGGGCGACACAGCCGCGGGAGUUCCUGCCUUAGUUCAAGCGGGUAAACUAGAUUUCCUAGUUUUUGAUUACUUAUCAGAAAUUACGAUGUCACUUUUGGCCAAAGCGAAAGAGAAAUCCCCUGACAUGGGAUACACGCCAGAUUUUAUACACUCUGCCAUGCUUCCAAAUCUUCAAGCUAUAAAGGAAAGAAAUGUUCGAGUGGUAACUAAUGCUGGUGGAAUUAAUCCCCAUUCUUGUGCAGAUGCCCUUAGAGCAGCAGCAAAAAAAUUAAAUAUAGACUUUAAAAUUGCCAUUGUAACUGGUGAUGAUUUAUUACCACAAAAAGAAAAUAUCAAAAAUUUGAAUAUUAAAGAUAUGGAUAAAGGAUUUCCUUUUCCCAAAAAUGUACAUAGUAUGAAUGCAUAUUUAGGAGCUGGCCCUAUUGCUAAAGCUCUAAGCUUAGGGGCAGACAUAGUAAUUACUGGUCGUUGUGUUGAUAGUGCUUUAGUGUUGGGGCCAUUAAUAAAUAAAUUUAAAUGGAGUAUGCAAGAUUUAGAUAAACUUGCUAUGGGAAGUUUGGCAGGUCAUUUGUUAGAAUGUGGUGCUCAGUCUACUGGUGGCAUUCAUACUGACUGGCAUUUAAUAAAAGACUGGCAUAAUAUGGGAUUCCCAAUUGCUGAAUGCAAAGAAAAUGGUGAAUUUGUUGUUUCAAAGCCUCCAAAUACUGGUGGUUUGGUAUCUGUAGGAACUGUGUCCGAGCAACUAGUGUAUGAAAUUGGUGAUCCCGCAAAUUAUGCACUGCCAGAUGUGUUAUGUGAUUUUUCUAAUGUUAAACUAACACAAAUAGCUGAAAAUCAAGUUUUAGUUCAAGGGGCAAAAGGAAAAUGCCCACCUCAGUUCUAUAAGGUUAGUGCAACUUUUGGUGAUGGAUAUCGUGCCACUACUGUUUGUCCUGUUGUUGGUCCAAAAGCUGCUGAAAAAGGUGUGAUAACUGCAAAAUCUAUUAUUCAAAGAUCUGAAAACAUUUUCAAGCAUUUAGGAAUAGAAAAAUUCAGACGAACCCAUAUUGAAGUUUUGGGAGCUGAAGAAAAUUAUGGCAAAAAUGCUAAAAACAAGGAUUCUCGUGAAGUGGUUAUGUGGAUAGCCGUCCACCAUGAUACGAAAGAGGCAAUUGCUUUAUUUUCUAAGGAAAUUGCUGCAGCAGCAACUGGUGGAGCUCCAGGAUUUACAACUUUGAUUGGAGGCAGACCUAAGCCAUCACCUAUACUAAAGCUGUAUUCAUUUCUAUAUCCAAAAGAUAAAGUUCAGAUUAAAGUAUCUUAUGAAGGAAAAACAGAAACUUAUGUUCCUGAGAUUGUAAAGAAUGCUCCCGAGUAUAAAGCCAAUGAGUUUAUAAAAGGACCAUUGUUACAAGGAACUCAUACAUACCGUGUAGGAGAACUUGCAUACACUAGAAGUGGUGACAAAGGAGAUUCAUGCAAUAUAGGAGUAAUUGCUCGACAUCCAUCAUUUUUGCCCUAUCUUGAAGAUCAGCUAACAUCUAAAACAGUGGCAACAUACUUUGAGCAUUUAUUUAGCAAUGGCCAUACUGUUGAAAGAUAUAUUCUACCAGGAAUAAGUGCAUUAAACUUCCUGUUAAAAGAAUCUCUAGGUGGUGGAGGUGUUGCGUCUCUAAGAAGUGAUCCACAGGGUAAAGCAUGUGGACAAGUUAUGACCGAUUUUGAGUUACACAACAUGCCAGAUCUUGAAACUAUAAAAAAACAGUGGAGUGGUGCCUAAAUAUUUCAUAUGAGAGCUUAUAUUUUUAUUUCUGUUUUCUAUCAAAAAAAAGUCAUGUAGUAUAUAUAUGGAAACUUUUGAGUACUAUUUUGUAUGCCAUAUAACAAUUUUUAAUUCUAAAAAUAAAUAUUUUUAUAGAUUGA